CAGAAGUUCAAUUUAUAACAGCCACCUUGCAUGACGAGCCAGUGAAAAAUGAUGCGACGGCCUUUGAGUUUUCAUCGAAGUGAAAACGAAGGCGAUCUCGGGCCCUUCGACCCCUCGCAAAGUCCUCUUUUUUCGCUGCCUUUGGAGAUCCGCAGGCAGAUAUAUCAGGAUGUUCUGGGCGGAAAAAUCAUCCAUUUCAUACGGUGUGAGGACGGAACUUUGGCUUGUGUUGUAUGUCCAUUUCAAGGACACGGUUUUCAUCGUAUAUAUAUUACCCCCGAAUCUCAUACUCUGUGCUUCUGUGACGGUCUGGUCACGCCAGAUGGGCUUGAUAUACAGGUUGAUAAAACAACGGCGUCGGAAGAAAACCGACUUUCCCUGCUCUACACAUGUCGUCAAAUCUACAUCGAGGCCAUUGAUAUCUUGACUACCCACAAUAUAUUUAACAUUCAGGCACAAUCUGAAUUUCAGUUUGGAACCCUGAGGGGGCUUCAAAAGGCCAUGUCCCAGUCGCAAUUUACCACAAUCCGAACUCUAGAAAUUUCUUUUGUCAACGAUAAGUUUAAUGAAGUGCAGAAUUUAUCCAAUCCAGCAUGGUUCCAGCAUUGGUCUAGCAUGUGUUCAGUGCUGGUAGAAAUGGAAAAACUUGCAAAUCUUCAUAUCUGGAUCAAUAUUGAGCAGGGAUUCGGGGUUGAGGUCACUCCAGAGCACGAGACUCGAUUUUUUGCCCCCCUUCUUAGUCUUGGAGGGAUAAGAUGUUUUUUAGUGGAGGUGUCAUGGCCGCAGACUGCUCAUUCAGUGGAGCUGUUGCAAGAUGCACCUUUUUCGCUGAUUAGAAGGGAGCGUUUUAAUUCUCCCUGGCAAGUUCUCGACCCAAUUGUUUACGAACAUCCGAGUCUUACCCAUGGCGUGGUUCCUCGGAAGCGGCGAUGGGCUAUGAGGCUACAUUCUUUGUUUACUUGGAGAUAGAAGGCAUGGGAUCUUCAACAGACCAUAUCGUAUUCGGGAUAAUUAUUACGAUGAUGCUAGGAACUCGCGGAAGAGCGGUGAUAACUCACAAACCAUUACCACCCUCACAUCGGCUCGACAGAGACAAUACGAAUCAAUGGAGAAGCAACAAGAUCUAUAAUAGA